AGGUUCAGCGUCGUCUCCAAAUUCGGAUUGAAGCACAAGGCAAGUACUUGCAGUCAAUCCUCGAGAAAGCUUGUAAAGCUCUGAAUGACCAGGCUGCUGCAACUGCUGGGCUUGAAGCAGCCAGAGAAGAGCUCUCAGAACUGGCGAUCAAGGUUUCAAAUGACUGUAAUGGGAUGGUCCCAGUUGAGACCCUAAAAAUGUCUUCUCUCUCCCAACUUGCCGUGUCUAUAGAAAACAAGAUUGCUUCUAAUCUGCCUGCUCGGUUCGGCAACUGCUCUGUUGACAGUUGCUUGACCUCAAAUGGAAGUCCCGUUUCUCCAAUGGGUAGUGUGGCUUCUCAGGCGGUGGCUGCACUGAAAAAGAGACCACGGCCCUUGUUUAGCAAUGGCGAUUCCAUCCCUUUGGAGUGGACGAACUGCUGAGAAAUAAACUUUUAAUUUUCUCUUUUCUUUGGUUUAUUGUUUUCAUCUAGUUGAUCUAAACGAGGAGUCGAGUCCGGUGUUUCCAACUGCAACAUCAGUGGUUUGUAUAUUCUCAAAGCUAUUUGUGUUUGGGGAAACCUUUUAAAGUCAAUUUCAAGUUGCAUCUCAUACAGCGGUGGACAUUUGAAAGCUCUUUCUUUAGUUUGCAAUGCAUUGAGGGUUAUAACGCAGAUUAAAGAUAGAUGUGAUCUUUGGUAAAUACAAUUAGGAUACCUUUUAACUUUCUGUGUUGAGCAAUUAAAUUGUCAGUUGACUUGGAAAAAAUGUCAUUAGCAGAAUAUUUGGCUUGUGAAUGUGUCCUUCGGUGGGUGUUUGUUUAUUUUGUCAAA